ACUGGCAGUUUCUGCGGAAAUGCUCCACUCUUUCACGGUUCUGCUCUUACUUCUCCUGCUACUCCUUUUCUGUUCACUCUUUCUUCUCCCACCAGCUGAAGCUGUUGAUGAUACUUACACUCUUCCUGAUGAGCACUUCAUUAACUGUGGAUCAAAGUCUAGUGUCACCUUUGGAAUCAGGAGCUUCACAGGAGAUCCCUUCUAUGGAAAAGGAAGCAAACCUGUCCAAGACCCUAAACCUUCAGGUGAUACACCAGUGCUAUAUCAAACAGCAAGAAUAUUCAGACGCCCUUCCCCUUAUAAGCUUGAAAUGAGGCAAAAUGGCACGUACGUGGUACGUCUUCAUUUCUUUGCUUUCUCAUCUUCUGUCAGCUUAGCGGAUGCUGUGUUUAAUGUCUCAGCCCAACUUAAUGCCUCAGCUCCAUUGCUUUUACUAUUGUCGAAUUUUACCAUGAAAAAUAGCAAUGAAUCAACAGUGGUUAAGGAAUUCUUGCUUACAAUUGGAGCUGGUAAAUUCUUGCUCUACUUCAUACCUUCUCAAAUAUCAUGUUUGGCUUUUGUAAAUGCCAUUGAAGUCUUUCUUGCCCCUAAUGGCUUCGUCCCUGAUUACGCCACACACAUAAAUUUGUCUGGGAUUAAAGGCAAUUAUAGUGGUUUACUUUCCAAUGUUUUGCAAAAAGCUUAUAGAAUCAAUGUUGGAGGUCCCAACAUCACGGAAGAGACGGAUACACUUAUGAGGUUUUGGAUAUCAGAUGACCAAUUUUUGCUCUUCCCAGUAUUUACUGAAAACAGACAAACCACCUAUGAUGAAUUAAAAUUUGUACAACGUGGAGCUAAUGGUUCAACUAAGUAUAUUGCCCCAGAGUCUGUCUAUGGGACUGCCAAAGAAUUGAAUUCAACUAAUAGCAGCAAGAAGUUUUCGAAUAUUACUUGGCGUUUUAAAGUCGAUGAGCAUUCUAAGCACUUUGUUCGGGCGCAUUUCUGUGAUUUUAUUACCCCCUCACUUAAUUAUCCUGGGCUCAAUUUCUGUAUCAAUGGAAAUUUUUGUCAGUUGAUCAGUCCAUACGAGACAAUUAAUCAGCUGUCAGCUCCAUUUUAUGCUGAUUUUGUUGUUGAUUCCGGUAAAUCUGGAAAUAUUGACAUUAGUGUUGCCCCUCCUAAAGAUGAAAGAUAUCAAAUUGCCUUUUUGAAUGGCCUUGAGAUUAUGCAGCUAAUGGAAAAUUCAUAUUCGUCUUUUGUGCCACUGCGACCCGAGCCCAAGAAGAAAAUUUUGUUCAUUAUUGCCGGUUCACUUGGUCUGGCUUUUGCAUUCAUUAUAAUGGCGGUCGUGAUGAUUCGUCUAGUUCGCAAGAAAGAAGAUGCGGUUGAAAUUCCACGUUUGCCAUCUUCUUUGGCUUUUCCUGGAUGGAGUGAAAAUGACAUGUCAACUGCUAGAACUGUUGGUCUUGGUUUGGACCUUGAAUUAAGGAUACCCUUUGCUGAAAUACUGCAAGCAACACAAGAUUUUGACUCAAAACUUUUCAUUGGUGAGGGUGGAUUUGGGAAAGUAUAUGUUGGAACUCUUCAUGGUAAGAAAGUCGCUGUUAAACGAAGGGAACCAGGAUACAAGCAGGGUCUUGCGGAAUUCCAGACAGAGAUAAUGGUACUUUCCCGAACUCGCCAUCGUAACCUUGUUUCCUUGAUCGGAUACUGUGAUGAAAGGUCUGAAAUGAUAUUGGUUUAUGAAUUCAUGGAAAAGGGAAAUCUUAGAGAUAAUCUAUAUGACACAAAUGGCUGUUCUAAACCAAAUGGAUUGUCAUGGGAGAAAAGACUUGAGAUCUGCAUUGGCUCAGCAACAGCCCUCCAUCACCUGCACACAGGUUCAGCUGUGAAAAUUAUUCACCGUGAUGUUAAGUCAACAAACAUCUUGCUAGAUGAAAAUUACACAGCUAAAGUAUCUGAUUUCGGUAUUUCAAAAUCAAGUCAUUCUGAUCUAACCCUGGAUAAUACAAUUGUAAAAGGUAGUGUUGGUUAUUUGGAUCCAGAAUAUUUUAUGUCUGUAGAGUUGACAGAAAAAUCUGAUGUGUACUCUUUUGGAGUGGUACUUUUAGAAGUUCUCUGUGCUAGACCUGCUGUUAUCAACUCACCUCAGAAGGAGGAGGUGAACCUAGCAGAUUGGGGUUUGUUUUGGCUAAAGAAAGGGCAGCUUGAAAAAAUUAUUGAUCCUUCCCUAGUGGAUAAAAUAAACCCUAAUUCGUUUAGAAAAUUUGGUGAAAUAGUUGGGAAGUGUUUGGAGGCAAAGGGUAGUAAUAGGCCAACGAUGCAUAAUGUGCUAUGGGACUUAGAAUAUGCAUUGAGCCUACAUACUGGAAUAAACAGAGAAGACGCCGGUGAAAGCACCACAAAUAUUUCAUUGCAGUUUGGGCUGCCCGUGCUUCUCCAUUUACCAACCAGUAGCUUUCCAGUUGAAGAAAAUGAACAGUCCAUAGUAGGCAACAAUGGUUCAGAUACAUCUGCUAGUGAAAUAUUCUCCCAGUUGAAGUUUGCUGGCCCUAGAUAAUCUCCAUUAAUUCAAGGGAAGGAAGAUCACUCAUAUCAUGUCAACAUUUAAUAUCUGCUAUCAACCUGACGGGCCAAGACAUCAGGAUGUUAUAUGAACUCCAGCAAAUCAAUAAAACUGAAUCGAGGGCUGACUCAAAACAAAUUACAGCCCCGGGUUCAACUUCUGCUAAAUGAUGGGUGGUGUGGUGGAUUAUGUCUGAAGUGCUUGUAAAAUAAUAAUCCAAGAUAUUCUGAAGUAAAUGUAUAUCUAUUUAUGUUUUUUUCCAGUUAGAAUAAUUAGUCUUCUAACUUGUUGCUCCAUGCAUGAGUUUUAGAAGACCCUCUAGCCAAUGGUAAACUACGACCUCAGUAAUUACAGAGUACCAGAGUUGCUAAAUAGCUGAAGGCACAUGAUUUGAGCAAUGAAUCACUAAUAAUUCUUGUUUACUUCCAAUCACUCAGAGGAACUUGCAGAAUAUCAUGACUUUUGCAUCCUAAGUUCUCUCCCAAAAAAUUUGACAAAUUCACGAGAUCUUCAAAAUCAAUCAUCAUAUAACGGUAAGUCUGUAACAUGUCAAAUUCAGAAAUAUUAAUGAGAUUUAACAUGCCAGAAACUAUAUGCUGGCAGUUAAAGAUCACCUUCAAGCCAUGUCCAACUAACAUAUCUGUGACACAGAUUAUACGAAACUGGCUUUCCAAAAUUCCAAUGUGAUUUCUUGAAUAAAAUGAUUUUUAUUUUUUCACUAACAUCAAGUUGACUUGAUAUUGCACACAGUUAAUUAAUUGUUAACUGAAUUAUAGAAUCUUGGCUUCUGAUUAGUGGAAGGGUUAAGCACUUGAACUGCCAUAGGACUUGCAGAUGAAUUUUAUUUCUCUUCACCACUGAUUUUAGAUAAUCAUGGGCACAGUUUGUUAUUGCUGGUUUUCAUGAUAUGAGACAGCUUUGGGCCAAUAUGAGACAGCUUGGUCAUAAACCAAUGAAUCAUUUCUAAUCCCUAC